AUGUCGGCCUCGUCUUGCCAUCGUGUUGGCGCCUUCGACCUGACCGGUCGCGUCGUCCGUCUCCAUGUCAGCCCGACACGCCGCCGAUGCCUCUCGCCACUCCCCGACCCGUCGUCGUCGCGCGCUGCCCGCCCCGCUCUCACUCGCAACUUUGGCUCCACCUCAUCGGGCAUCGACUUCGACACCGCCGGCCAGGCCACGUCCACGUCGCCCGCCGCCAGCUCCAGCCGCUCGUCCGCCUAUGUCGCCAGGUACCGCACCCUUUCUCCCGUCCGCCAGCCGCUCAUGGGUCCACAGCAGCCCCACGCCGUACACGCGCACACGUACACCUCUGCAAAUGCCGCCGCAGUGUCUCAUAACGCCUCGCAGGGCAAACACGGCGGCGGAAGCAGCGCAGACGGCACUGGCUCCACAACAUCCGACCCGGCACCAGGCAGCGCACAACACGAUGGCCCUCACCUCGAAUCGUCGUGGGCCUUUGGCGGCGGCACAAAGAGCCAGGGGGGGCCCGCAUUUGUCGGAAAGCAGGAUGACGGUGCCGAGAUCCCUGGAAGGUCCUCACCGCUCAUCGUCAUGGGCAGCGCCGGCAAGGGCGCGGUGCCCAACUACGGUAAGCGCAAGUCGAGCUCCACCUCGCUAGCCUGCGCCGCCACUUCCGCCGAGGCCGCACACAUCAAGUCCUAUGCACAUAGCUACUCUCCCUCGACGCGGAGCGAGCAGCCGCUGCCUCAGCACGUCUACUUUUCGUCGCCCUCGUCCUCGUUCAACGCCUCGUCCUUCGUUGCGCCGGGCGUUCAGCCGCCCCUCGGGGGCACCACCACUGCUGGAGCAGGGCAGGGCUACCCUGGAAGCAGCAACAUCGUGCGCAAAAGGACGGCGCUUAUCCUGCCGGGCCAAGGCUCGCAGUACGUCGCCAUGUCCAAGGACCUUUACAGAGCCUUUCGCUCGGCCCGUACCGUAUGGCAUCAGGCCGAAGAGGCGCUGAUGCUCACGCCCAGCCAGCAUGUCCACCAUCCGCCAAGUGACGAGCGCGCUGUCGACACGGAGCAGCGGGCGGCGUUUGAAGCGGAGCUGCAGAAGAGCGAUCACCUCGACACCAAGCGUGGGCUUUCGGCCAGUGGCACUGCCGUUGCUCGAGGCCGGCGAGGGUGGCUGCGUGACCUCGUCUUCUCCGGCGACCAGCUCGAGUUGACGAGGGCCGAAAACGCUCAACCCGCCAUCCUGACCUGCACGCUCGCGUUUUUGCAGGUGCUGCGCAAGGAGUUUGCCAUCGAUCUUGUGCAAGAUCACGUCGAGUGGGCGGCAGGUCACGGCUCGGGCGUCUACGCCGCUCUUGUCGGAUCGGGCGCCGUAGGUCUGAGUGACGCCGUUCGCCUCUUGCGGCAUCGAGGCCUCAUUGCAUCGCACUACACGGCCAACAACCCAACCCUCUUUCCGCCCGGCUGCGAGCGGCCGCAGAGCGUCUAUGAGACGUGGGCGUUCGCCAAUGCAGGGAGCGGCAAGGGUGCGGAGCUGCUGGCGGCAGGUGGGGGCAUCGACACGGGAGGCGUCCCGUCGACGGGCUUGCGAACUGACGCCCAGGUGGCUCGCGCCGAGUCGGCCAAGCAAGGAGACGCUACCGACGCUGGCGCCGCACCACGUCGGCGGGGCUGGAAGCGGACACAGAUGUCGGGCGUGGUGGUCAAGCCCGGCAAGCUGGACGCUGUGCUGCGUGAAGUCCAGCAGGUUGCCCACGACAUCCGCUCCGGCAAGGUUUCAAGUGUAGCGUCGGACGAGGUGGUAGAGGUGGCCAACGUCAACAGCCAGCUGCAGAUUGUGCUGUCGGGCAGCAGGGUCGGCGUCUCGUACUGCUGCGACCGCCUCCGGUCCAAGAACCUCGGGGCGCGCGCCGUCAAUCUGCCAGUGUCAGGCGCCUACCACACAAGCCUGAUGGAGGAUGCAUCGGAGGAUCUCAAGCCGGCGAUCCGUCACCUGCCGCUUAGGGAUCCGCACGGCUUCAACCUAGUCUCUUCCAUGGAUGGCACGGUCCUGUCGGAUUCCGCCAAGAUCCGAGCCGACCUGAGCGGCGCGCUGGCGCGACCAGUGCAGUGGCUGAGCAGCGUCGAGACGUUGCUGGCCCAAGGCGUGGAGAGGUUCAUUUGCCUGGGCCCAGGACGUGCCUGCGCGCAUCUGCUGAGCAAGGAGCUGGCGCACCGCGACAAGCUCAAGGCGGCGCAGGGUGGCGAUGUCGGCGAGUCCGGUUACGAGGUCUGGAGCCUUGCCACUGUCGAUGAUGUGCUGCAACUCGGCGACGCCCUCUCUGGCAUCUCGAGCCCUUUGCCGCCGCCGGGUGUUUCCAGGGACAUGGACCGCCUCGUGGCCGACUGA